AUCGUUUAACGCCUCCGCUACGGAUAGGAAUAACCGCAAAAAUGACCGGAAAAAAGAAGAAGAAAGCGAUUCUGUGACGUUAUCGGGUUUCGGAGUCCGGCGACGCGAGUCUGUCCGCGGUCAAGUUCACGGAUGUUUGCCUCCCCGCUCCGCUCCACCCCGAGAUGAUAGCCAUCUUCGUUACAACCGUUCGGUAAUCGCCGACGCCCCGGGCCGUAAAUUAGCCACUUUUACGUCGGGAAAUUUGCGCCCGACGUUAACCUUUAGCCAAUAAAAACGCUCGUUUUACGAAUCGCUUCGGAUUAUGGCUAGUAGCCGGCGAGCGGCGUUAAUGGCUCCGUAACCUCGCGGGUCUUAACAUCCUUGACACCCUUUCCAGACAUUAAAGAGGAGUUCUGGCGUUUUACGCGCAUUUUAACGUUAUUUACUUAACCGACGCGAUUUUCAAUUAUCCUCUUAACUAUUGUUAUCUGAGGCAAUUACUCCCGUAUUAAAAAUAAAGCGUCUCGCUCCGUUCGCCUUCUGUCCGUAACGCCGUAGCCUAGACAUUGAAUCUGGUUUGGGGAACGUUAUCUGGAAAAAAAGAAGAAAAUCCAGAUAAGAUUAAACGCUAAAUCUGUAUUUUAUCGCUUUUCCUUUCGAUAAAUCGAAGCGUGUGUUUAUAAAUAAGUUGGAAGAUGUUACGCUCGACCGCGACGUUUUCCCAGGGUUGAAGGUAAUUUUAACAAUUUAAAUUCGAGAAAUGUGCGGUUUAUUUAUUUAUUAUUAUUUUUUAAAAUUAAUUUCCGUACGACAGAAUUUUAUCUAUCGAUAUUAUAAUCGAUAAUAACGGCGCUGGGCAUUUGCCUAACGAAAUUUGAUUUGGCUGGAGUAUUGCUAGUCGUUAACGUCUGCUUAUGGCAAAAGCAGAUAGCAUCUUAAUCUCUCUUUGUUUCUAUAUUUAGUAAGUCGAACCGUGUAUUUUACAUUACCACUUUAAACCACUUUAAUACGGUAAUAUAUCCGGGAAUGGUUAUAUUUAUUAAGACGUGUUAUAAAUCCCGACCUUACUGGACGGAUUUCGAAGGAUGUUUGGCGAAAGGAAGAAAGAAUAAUGGGACAAAGAACUCGUUAUUCACUUCAUUUAUAUCAGUUAUGUCAGUCGGGCGUCAAAGAUGCCGACCGGUUCCAAAUUGCCAGGAAUUAUCCUUCCGAACCUAGGAUAUAUGCCUAAAAUAAAGGAGUUACGUUAAUUAAAAAAAAAACGAAAAAAAGAAGGACUUCUUCCGACGAAGAGAGGACAUUUCCGUUUUAGAUCGUUCGGAAAAAUCCGGCCGAAGCUACAAACAGAGAGUAGAAGAAGGAAAAAAAACCCAAACCAUUAAGAAACAACGGGAACAGAUUAUUUUUCCAUAAACGAACCUUCGUCAGCCUGUUGGUCGUGCGGAAAUAGCGCAUGUGUGGAUUCUCUUCUACGUCUAGCGGCGGUGUAUUUAUUGAUCAAAACAGUCGUACUCAUUUGUAACGGGCAGGAUGGAUUGGUGGGCAAAGAGGAACCCGUCUCGGGCCGUCGGAACGUAUGAAAAUUGACAUUUUCCACCUCCCGCGCGACCCCGCUUACGUCAUUAACGUCGGGAACAUGUCCGCGCCAGUAAUAGCAGAAAGAGAAGACAGACAAAACUCACUUCUUUUAAAAAUCAUAAGAAAGUAUUUAAACAUAAGAAAAUGGAACAACAUAAUAUUGAAACGAAUGGUUGUGAAGAUGGACCGACUUCACUAGUUGUUUCAAAUCAUUCUGAUUCUACCCAGAAUGGAAAAUUAUCAGAAAGACCCAUUAUAAAACCUGCCACCCCAUCAGCCAUACAAGAAGGUAGAUCAACUCGUCACACAUCAGGCAGUAGUCGUCUCCGAAGACAUUCGCCGGGGGUAACUUCAAAUACAAGUAAAACGUCACCUUCUACUGAGAGACGUGCCACACGCCAAUCUCCUCCAGCACAUACAGCUGUUAACGAGAGAAGGCCAGUUAAAAAUUCGGUAUCUACAUCUCAUUUACAGACUCAGUCAACUAAGCGUUCUUCCUCUGUGCACAGUGUUUCCCAGUCUUUACAGAAUGCUUCCUCUUCAUCAGAAAAUACAUCUUUAACAAUGUUAGAAAAUAGUUCUAGUGUUAAAUCAAAUAAACAUCCAUCUCAGUCUUCUCCCUCCAUUAAUAAAAAGCGUCCUAAACGCACAGCCACUCCAGAAACAGAAAAUUCCAUCCCAAGAUCAAGUAAACGAAUUCGACUACAAUAUCAACCUUUUCAGUCACCGCCACCACCCACAAUUAUUCCUCCCAUUCUACGUCAUUCUCCAAAGACUGCAGAAGAUAAGAUAAUCGUUUUCAACAAAGGCGAAUUUCUUGCCGUCAGAAAUGAAAACGGAACCUUCUUUGUCUGCCGUACAGCUCAAAAUGUUUAUAAGAGCAGCAGAAGAUUUAAAAUACAAUGGCUAAAUAAUGAUGAUACAGACAUCUACACUCCUGACUUUUAUGACUAUACAGAUUUUGAAUGCGUGUUAACAAAUUUACGAAUGAGAAGAGCUGACAAAAAUAAAUAUCAUUUACCAAAUGACGAAUGGAAGCGCACAAUGAACAUAUUACAAAGGGCAUUAAAUGUUGAAAAUGGAAUGGACAUACCAGAUCCUCAUCAAGUCACUAUGGAUGGAGGUAUUUAGUUUCGAUUUAAUUUAAAUUAU